CGCAGCACAUGGACAAAAUCGUCCCCUCGCUGCUCUUCAACUUACAGAACGUGGAGGAGGCUGAGAGCCGCUCCCCCUCGCCGCUGCAAGCCACCGAGAAGGAGAAGGAGAGUCCCACGGAGCUGGCGGAGCGGUGCCUGCGGGAGCUGCUGGGCCGAGCGGCGUACGGCAACAUCAAGAACGCCAUCAAACCCGUCCUCAUCCACCUGGAUAACCACUCGCUCUGGGAGCCGAAGGUGUUUGCCACUUGCUGCUUCAGGAUCAUCAUGUACUCGAUCCAGCCCCAGCACUCCCAUCUCGUGAUCCAGCAGCUCCUGGGCCACCUGGAUGCCAACAGCAAGAGCGCGGCCACCGUGCGCGCGGGCAUCGUGGAGGUCCUCUCGGAGGCAGCGGUGAUCGCAGCCUCGGGGUCUGUUGGCCCCACGGUACUGGAGGUGUUUAACACCCUCCUGAGGCAGCUGCGGCUCAGCAUCGACUACGCGCUGACGGGGAGCUACGACUGCGCCGCCGGCGUCAGCACCAAGAUCAUCAAGGAGCACGAGGAGAGGAUGUUCCAGGAGGCCGUCAUUAAAACCAUAGGGUCCUUUGCCAGCACGCUGCCCACCUACCAGCAGUCUGAGGUGAUGGUCUUCAUCAUGAACAAGGUGCCGCUGCCCUACUCGCAGCAAUCCAUCGAGGCUGGCAAAGCUGGGUGAGACCAGA